AUGCAUAAUAAUUUAAUUGCUGUUGCCAUCGGUGUAACCGUUGGUGUUCUAAGUGCGGCUAGUAUUUUUAUUUAUCGUAAAAUUUUGGCAAAUCAACAGUAUAGUUCAACAAUUAAUGAUUUAGAUGUUGCCAAUAAAAGAAUUAAUGAAUUACAUGCAGAAUUAGAAUCUUUAAGGUUACAACUCAGGCAACAGAAAAAGAAACGAAGAAUUUCACGAAAAUUUAAUUCUGAUAGUACAUAUACUGUAACAGAUAAUGAUACAGAUGUUGAUGUUUUUUUAACAGACACUGAUAUAGGAGAUGAUGAGUUUUAUGAUUGCUCCGAUGGUGAAAGUGUUGUUAGUGAAAAUGACAUAAGGAUCUCAGAGGAACUAAACCAACUGGAUAUAAUACUGAAGGAGAUUGAUGAACAAGUAAACGAACAAUUUGAUGUCAGGACUUACAAUAAACUACAAAUAUUGCUAAAAUCUUACCAAGACAAUAUAGAGGUAGUAUGGAGAUUCGCAAGAGCUUGUUAUGAUCAUGCAGAAGCAGAGACUGAUCAAAAUGUUAGAAGAAUGAUAAUUCUUGAAGGAAUCAAACAUUGUGAAAGAGUUAUAGAAAGCAGAAAUCCUGAUUUGUUUAAAUGGUAUGCUAUUCUCAUAGGAUUAAAUGGCGAUUAUUUAUCAACAACAGAAAAAAUAAAGAAUGGUGUUGUUUUUAAAAAUUACAUAACAAAGGCUUUAGAAAUGCAGCCAGAUGAUUUUGAAUUGCAUUACCUAUUAGGAAGAUUUAAAUAUGAAAUAGCCAAUUUAAGUUGGAUUGAGAAAAAGGUAGCAAUAACAUUAUUUUCUGAUUUUCCAAAUGUCUCACAUGAAGAAGCACUCAAUUGUUUUGAAACAGCAGCAAGGCUUGGAAAUAAAACCCCACAUACUCAGUUGUAUAUUAGCAAAUGUUAUAUUGCUUUAAAGAAAUAUUCACAAGCAACUGAUUUUUUAAAAGAAGUUUUAGAGAAACCAAUAUUAACAGAUGAAGAUGAAAAAGUGCACACAGAAGCGAGUAAACUUUUAAACAAGUAUUCAAAAUAUUCUUCAUAG